AUGCCUCGCCUCAGCACAGGUCCGCGACGGAGCAUGAGCAAGGGCCCUGCUGUGCCAUCCCCGCUCAAAUCCCCCGGCCUCAAAAUCCCACUAAACGACGACGCCCAAGAAAAGGAACAACGAUCGCGAGGACGCAAAGCCCUCCACGAGGCCCAGAUCAACCAGCUCAAGCUCGCCGCGACCGCAAUCGCAACCCCCGCCCGCAGCGUAACCGACGAAAAUGGCACUCCGACCUCCAACGGACCGCGCACCCCACGUCGCCGCAUCUCGGGCAAGGAGAACUUCUCCAUCCUCGACGACGAUGACAGACCGGUUGUGGGCGGCGCCGUCGUCACCCCCAUGAAGCGCGUCCCCAUCCUGGCCAACUUUGAGGAGUGGAUGAAGAUGGCCACCGACAACAAGAUCAAUGCCGCCAACUCGUGGAACUUUGCGCUGAUCGACUACUUCCAUGAUAUGUCGCUACUCAAGGAGGGAGACGGUGUCAAUUUCCAAAAGGCCAGUUGUACGCUGGAUGGGUGUGUCAAGAUCUAUACCAGCAGAGUCGACAGUGUUGCGACGGAAACCGGAAAGCUGCUCAGUGGUUUGGCCGAUAGCCGCGACAGCAAGAAGAGGGAUAGGGGUGAGGGUGAGGACGGCGGCGAUGACGAUGAGGAGGAGGACGAGGUGGACGAGAAUGGCAACGUACUAAAGAAGCGUAGAAAGAAGACCCAACGAUCCUCCGAAGCCACACUGGCACCCUCCUUCGCUUCCCUACAGCUCAAAAAGUUCGAACUCGAAUUCUCGGUAGAUCCGCUCUUCAAAAAGGCAUCAGCAGACUUCGACGAAGGAGGCGCUAAGGGUCUCCUCUUGAACCACCUGAUGAUCGAUUCGCAGGGUCGUAUUGUCUUUGACAGCAGCGACGACGCCAUCGACACUCUCGACUCACGCAACCAGAAAGCCGCCGAGGAAAACGACCAAGAUGCCGACCCGGACGCCAUGGAUAUCGAUGCGAUGGAAAUCGACGGCCAAACCGAAAAGACCCAGACUCGAACCCAACAACAAGAAGAAGAGGAGGAGGACGAUGUGGAGAUCGACAUUGCCAGUCUUGGUGCUAGGUUUUUCCCAGAUCUCGGACGACUAGACGAGAUGGAUGUGUGCCCGUCGCUCAAGACUUUUAUCCUUGGAGACCCCUCCGGAUCCCUCGAUAUUCCCUUCCUCAGAGCGCCCGAGGACUGGCGCCAGGAGCAAGAUAGAGCCAAAACCCCUGGCCUCGGCAACAAAUCCGGCUUCAUUAUUGAUGACGAGAACCCGCUCGGUUUCGAUGACGAUGAUGCGCUGGGCGCAUUCGACCUGGGAGGAGACGUCGACGUAGCCUUCGGUGAGGGUGGAGAAGCCUGGGCCCGCGAAGCCGCCAUCGAGCCACAAAUGAUGCGGGUCUUUGACGCCGGUCUAGACAUAGGAGAGGGCGAAGGUGGUGACGAUGGUGAUGGAGUAGACGGCGACCUCGAAAUGAUCGACCAAGACAAGGGCGAUUUCGGCAUGGUCAACAUGACCAACGCCCAAAAGACCGACCGGCUGCACGAGGACAUCCUCAGCUACUUCGACCAAGCCCUGCAAAAGAACUGGACCAGCGCCGAGCACUGGCGCAUUCGCAAGAUCAAAGAUGUCAACAAGCCCCAGACGGGGGAACCACAACGCCAGCGCAAGGAGAAACAGGCUUUCGAGAUCGACUUCUUCACCCCCGUGGAUCGCACCCUUCACGACGUCCUGCACACCCAAGCCACCACCAACUCGGCCAUUUCGCUGCCCAAGAAGGACUGGAAGUCCAAGUCGCGCAACCUGCUGCCGGACGACAAGCACUUCAGCUCCAAGCAGCUGCUCAACCUCUUCCUCAAGCCCAAGGCCCGUCUCGGCCGCAAGCAGCGCGCCUUUGGUCGUUCCAAUGCCGACAACCAAAACCCAGACCAAGUCCCCGAGGGCGCCAUGGACGAGGCCUUUUGGGCCCAACAGAAAGCGCCGCUUAACCAGGGCCCAUCAUCGCAAGACGACCAUCUCCCGCAAGGUGACUACGACGCCAACUUCUUCCAGGACGACGGUCUGCCGUUUGCCAACGGCGGAGACGACGAUGAUGACGAAGACAUGGACGAGGAAGUCUUUGCUGACGCACGGGAUCACUUUUCUCCUGGCCCCGGUGGCACGCAAGGGGAUGGCGCUGUCGGCAAAGAAGGCACAGCAGGACUGACGAUGGACGUGGGCAUGACGGGCGCGUUUAACGGGCUGACGGUUACGAACCCGGCCGAUUUGGCGUUUGGCACGAUGCUGGUUACGCAAUCACGAAGAGUCAGGCCCGAGUAUGUGCAGUAUGCGAGACGGGCCAAGAAGACACCACCAAACCCCGAAGACUCCCUCCUCUCUCCACCACUAACAACCCCAUCCGCGCAACCGGGCUCAGUAGAGCCCACAAAAGACGGCGAACAGGAAAAACCAACGCUCAAGUUCACAGAAGUCAUGAACUCGCUGCAAAAAGUCUACCCGAAAACGGCCAUGGACGACAUUUCCACCAGUUACUGCUUCAUUUGCUUGUUGCAUCUUGCCAACGAAAAAGGGUUGGUGAUUGAGAAGAGCGACGAGUUGACGGAGCUGUACAUAAAGAAGGAUGCGAAUGCUGUUGUUGAGGAGGGUGGUGAGUGA